GCUAAGAGGGAAGGAAAAUAAAAGGCGUUUUGACCUCAUUCGGGUCUGAGGAGGAGAAGAACCCAUAUGCGCGCUUGCAGAGAGAGGGGCCGUGCGUAAAAACACCCCCAGACUCCAGUGGCACGCAAAAACCUCAAGAGUUUUCACGAGUUGGUUUGUUUUCUUUAAGCACCCUCCAUGUGUGCAGGUCGGAACUGAACUCGCACACGAGCAGGAUCAUCUACAUCUGAGCAUCAUUGGCGUUAGAUUGUUGUUGUUUGGAAGAAGACAUGGCAAAGUUAUUCCGUGCUGUUGUCAUGGGUCCACCAGGAUCGGGGAAAGGCACAAUAUCCAAGAGGAUCGCGCAGACUUUUGGCCUGCAGUACUUGUCCAGCGGGCACUUUGUACACGAGGGCAUAGCAGCCAAAACAGAGGCCGGGCUGCUGGUGAAGAGCUACGUAGAGAAAGGCAUGCUGGUUCCUGACCAUGUGAUGACCAAACUGGUACUGCCCAAAGUGGAACAGAUGAGCAGCCACAGCUGGGUGCUGGACGGUUUCCCUCGCACGCUGGCGCAGGCUCAGGCCCUGAACAACCUGUAUCAGCUGGACUUAGCCAUCAGCCUCAACAUCCCCUACGAGACUCUGAGAGAGAGACUGAGUGACCGCUGGAUCCAUCCGACCAGUGGUAGAGUUUACAACAUGAGCUUCAACCCACCUCGAGUUCAGGGUAAAGAUGACGUCACGGGGGAGCCGCUGGUUCAGCAUGACGACGACAAACCAGAAGCUCUGAUGGCAAGACUGAGACAUUACAAGGAAGUGGCGAAGCCUGUGAUAGACUUGUACAAGUCACAAGGAAUCCUGCACUCGUUUUCCGGCACGGAUACCGACAAGAUUUGGCCUUACAUCAAUUCUCUUUUCAGCACCAAGAUGCACAUCAGAGAACUGCCGAACACAAACACCCUGAGUCAGGCCUGAAUGGAAAAAUACAGAGAAGACAAACGUGUUUUUUUUUUUUUCUGACCAAGAUGGAAGAGACCAA